UAAAGAUGCAGGAGGAACGGUAUUGCAAGGGUGUCGAACCUUUCCCAAUCUUUUAAUUUCAUCAACGAUGCAGUCGAUUUUAACGCAGCAAUCCGUUGACUUUAAAUACUGAUCCACUAUCGUUUGAUGUACUUUACCAAUAAGAAUCCUUUUGAAACGUGUUUAAAUUUCUUGAACCAUGUCUGAUGAAAUAAAUUACAAACGUAGAAAAUCUGUUAUCAUUCAGCAUCCCAAGAGAAGGACGUCCUCCAAUUCUAAAGAUGCGUUCGAUCGCAGGUAUAAAGCAGCCGUUAAAGCCUACCACAACUACAUGGAAGGAUUAAAUUUAGUUCUCAAAGAAAAAGAAGCGAAAAUGUGUAAAAUCCUUCGUAAGCGUAGCACACCGCUUUGGUUCCAGGAGUUAACCGACGAACAGUGUGCGGUCUGCGAUCAGUUGCUUGAAGCGAUCGCUGACGAUAUUGAUGAGCGUACGUUUUAUCGUACGGAAUCGCUGCUCCGGCGGCUGGGCAUUUAUCCUGUCUGUUCCAAAAGAGUUCUACGCUCGGCACUCAUCCUCUGCAAUGGCAAUGAUAUUGCUUUUAUCUGGAUACUACUCCAGCUGCACUAUAUUCGUCGUCCCGGGCAGGAUGGCACACGCCGAGCGAAGGAUUAUACGAUCAACGAACGGUUGCUGCUCUCGGCGAUCGCGCACUUGGACAUGAUGACCACACUGCGUGGUUUGGAGAUGAUUCUUCCUCCAAAGAAAGUGUCCCCGGUAUCACCGGUGGAAGAAAAGAGUGCAGAAGUGUCCUAUCCUAAGCCUUCGUCAUCUCGCUUCAAAUCUCCUUACGAAGUGCACCAAAGGGUGAUCGUUACGGGCUAUACAGUUCCAGUCGAGGUUCAACCACAUCGGGACGAAUUUCUAGGUCGCUAUCAAAAGUACCGAGACCCGGAGUACAUCAUACGCAAUGAGGAAUCGCGUUGGUUUGCAAGAUACCGGAGCUCGGAUCGGAAGUUCUCGUCCAGUGAUUAUUACUGCACGGAAGACGAGUCACUUGGCCGAUGCUCUCCUGCCAAAAGUGAUACUUCCAACAAUAGCGCAUGCGAAGUCGUGAAGAUCCUGUUGAAUGAUCAAAUUCGUAACAUGGUUGCACGGCAGGAAUGUUGUGAGAUGCUCUGUCCUAGGCACCACAAGCUAGACGACCAGGGCGCGAAGUUGUUGGGAAUUCUGAAGCGCAAUACUGCUGCCCGGGAUGUUCUGAUGCAAGCCGUUCGUGUACAAUGUGUGCAAUGGGCCGACGAAGCGCUCCAGGAUGAUGCUAGACGUCAGGUGGAGAGCCUACUCAAGCGACUCGUAGAUGAGGCGGUAACGAUGGCGAUACUGGAACCGGCCAACGAAUGUCCCGAAUGUCGGGAACGGUUUGAGAUGCAACAGAAACUUUUGAAGGGACAAAAGUGUACCUGCGUGGAGUCUGAGGGGUCUGACACGGUUGUGUCGGAGUCCAUGGCGAGCCCAAGUUACUUUAACUUCUGCGACAAACCAGUACCGUUCGAGUUUGACUACGAUAACAUAUUUCGAGGGUAUGAAGAAAAGGAACCCGUCUGCCCGAUUAAAAGUGCCAUACAACGGGCACUCGGCGUAGAACACACCAAGCCCAUAACAGACACAGACCUUGAGCAAGCGAUCGAGAAGUUUGCCAAGAUGACUUGGGAUGAGGAAAACAAGCAUUGGCAGGAACAGAUGGCACAGGACGUUCGAGAGGAAUCAACUUCCCCGGUAAUGGAUCCACUUGAGGUAGACUACAUAGAGACGCGCGAUGUGUCCGUUUUGCAGGAUCUCUUGAAGCGCGCUCUACAAAGACUUGCCGAAAGUCCCACCUAUCUGCUGGCUACCUUUCCCUGCGUUGAUCAGCUGCCCAUCUUGAAAGCUUGGAUAAGGCAUCGGUACGAAGUGCCCAUCACACCAUGGGAGAGAAAGAAAGCCUUGCUGGAGAGCAAACACUUCUGGGACUAUCUUAUACCGCGUGCGACCAGUAUGCGGUGGCCAUCGCGAAGGGACACCGGAUUGCAGCUGCAGGUUAAUUGGAACUAUAAAUCGAAGCUAGAAGCGGCGGCAGGCAAUAUGAUGUACAAAUUCUACCGAAAGUUCAAAAACGUUCAAAUACAGGAGGGUCGCAUAUGGUGGAUCAGCAUGGUACCGUAUCACUCCGGACCGGACCGAUUUCGGCAAACGUUUUCGGCGUACUUUCCCAACUGUGAGCCUGAAAUGAUACCGCAGGUUCGACCCUGGCGUCCGUUCCAGUACCGUGCGAUGCCCGGAGUGAAGGGCACAAGCAGCAGAAGCAGAUUUUAAGGCCCUUUCUUCAGUUGAAAAGUAUAUUCUUUCAAUCCGGUAAUGUAUUGCGUACCAUUUUUUCUUCGUAUUUUUAAACCCCUAUUUCUUGUACUGGAUCUGGAAUGCAUUAAGUGGGACACCUUUCCUAGUCUACUCUCUCUCUACACAGCGUGCUGGAAUGUUCACAGACUUCCUAUGGGUGGGAAUUCUGCUCUCCCUCCC